UUCGACACUGAUUGUUGACAAGGAUCCAAUCCCCCAACAACAAGAAGGACCAAAAACCAAACCGGUUGUUGAAAGAAGGUUUCCGAAACUAGCAUGGAGGCACAGAAGAAGAAGGAACCGCGGUCCGAGAUGCCCUACUCGUUCGAAGAGCGGCUCCUGGUCCGGUCCUCUCCGUCGGACGGGCAGGGAACACCGGCUUCGCCGUUGCCGGCAACCCAGACGCACAGCGUGCGACUGGAAUCGCUGGCGCAGUGGGAGGAGGGAUCGUGGAUCCAUCCCUUUUCCGACAUCGACAUGAACCUGUCGGCCUCGCCCGCUCCGACAACGAGCGACCUCCACGCCCACUACGGGGGCAAGAUCGCACGGGUUCACAUGAGCGUUUCGAGCCACGGGACGCGGGAGCUCUUUCCGGACACCCCGAACAGCCUCGACGGCGUGCCGGUACUGCCCCUCUGGAAGGACGACGCCAGCACUGACACCAACAACAACACCGACAGCAGCGAUCGGUAUUGUAGCGGACCACAGGGGUUCUACCUUUCGGUCCGAACCUUCGAUGGAUUGGAGCCCGAGGAAGAGGCAAACGCCGUCCAGGCCGUCUUUGAAGAAUUGAUACGCCGCAGGAUCCUGGUGAAUCCCGUAACGGACGGGGUGUGGGACGUUCUAGACACGGCGGAGCAGCCGGCACGACCCGCUUCCGUCGGCGCGAGCGCGGUUCCGUCCCUUUCCCCGCGGUUGUACCAGCUGGUGAUGCCCUUUGACGCGGCCGCGUGGAGCAGCGAUGCCCUGGCGCAGUCCUUCCGGAGGACGCUGCCGGGGGUUUGCAAAGGCAAGGCGGGCGGCGGCGGCGACGACGACCGGUUUUUCGGGUGGUCCGCCCAGGAGUGGUCCGAUUUUCUCGUCGGGUACCGAGGCGGGGGCGGUGCACUGGGAACGGGAAAGACGCCGUCGCAGCAGCAUCCGACGUUCAACAAAAUAAUGUGGUGGACCUGGACGGCUUCCACCAAGAACGGCAGCGAGAACAGCGACGGUGCUACCAACCUAGGCUUGUCCUUUGGAAUCCAAUACCAAACCAUGGUCCCGGCCGAGGACACGGAUUGGCUUCCCGACGCCUUUGCGAGCGAAGAAACGCCACGGUGUCCGAUCGGAACGCGGGCUUCCUUCGAGGUUCUCCCCACAGAAGAAAAGGCACACACCGGCGGUUACCGACUGGUGCCAAUGACAGCCAGCAGCGACUCGCAUUCCGAGGGGACAAGCGAAGAAACUCCACAGUUCGCGUACCAGGUAAACGUAGACCAGGUUCUCCGUAGGCACCACACCAACCGGGGACGAUUCGAGAGCUCGAUCGAGACAAAACCACUGGACGACGCCGUGUCGAGCGGUGGCAACCAUUGUCGAUUGACGUAUCGCCAGGUUCUCCCCGACUUUCUGGCUCCCAUGUGGCGGACCCUGAAGGUCGUCAGCGGCGAAAGCACCGGGGCAAACCAAUACAACGGCAACCAGCACACCGAUUCGGAUCGGUUGCACGCGUCCGUAGAAUGGAACCACGAGGACCAGAGCAGUGUCUUGUACGUGGAGGCAGCGUCCGGCACUCUCUCGGAUCCGUCGGCGCUGCCGCCAAACAUUUUCGUGUCACUGGAAUACGCCCCGUCGUUCCUGACCAUCGACGAUUUCCCGGGGGAUCCCAACCGGGGCCGGGUGCUCCCGCCCGCCCGCGUCGCGGUUCGCUGCGAUCCUUUCGUUGCCGGCUCCGCGCCGGUCACGCCAACGGUUGUCUAUUCGAACGCAUUGCUCCUCCUUCCGCCGGUUCCGGACCUCUCCAUGCCGUUCAAUGUCGUUUCCGUGGGGUCCUCGGUCUACGCCUAUUGCAUCGGUGCGAUCGUGACGCUUUUGGUGCGCAAGGCGCCCGACAAGAUCAAGUACAAGAUGUAUCCGGACAAGAAACCCGAGUCGAAACUGAUAAGAAUAAAGAACAAGUUGCGGGAAAAGAUCGGCAGGGCAAAGUCGAAAUUGCUGGGAGGCGCGAGCAGCACGGGGAGCGAAGCCGCGAAGGACGAGAGUGCGAAGUAAUGGCCUAUGCCGUGGGGAAAAU